AUGUCAGCCAAACUCAAAGUCAUCGCCCUCAUCUCGGGCGGCAAAGACUCGCUCUUCUCCAUCUUGCACUGCCUCAAGAACGGCCAUGACGUCGUCGCCCUGGCCAAUCUCUACCCGGCGCAGGCCGCCGGCAGCUGCGAGGAAGGCGAAGACAUCAACAGCUUCAUGUACCAGACCGUCGGCCACACCAUCAUCCCACUGUACGAGCAGGCCCUGAAGUUGCCGUUAUACCGCCAGCCCAUCCUCGGCCAGGCCGUCAUCACCGACAAGGACUAUCACCACGCAUCCCAACCAACGCCAGGCGCCGAGGAUGAGACCGAGUCACUCCUGCCGCUGCUGCGCCGCGUGCUGGCCGCACACCCAGACGCGAGCGCCGUGUGCACCGGCGCCAUCCUGUCGACCUACCAGCGUACUCGCGUUGAGUCUGUCUGCGCCCGCCUCGGCCUCGUGCCGCUUGGCUACCUGUGGCAGUAUCCCGCGCUACCACCCUACGCCGACGCCGCCUUGCUGCGGGACAUGGCUGCCGUCGGCCAGGACGCCCGCAUCAUCAAGGUGGCGAGCGGAGGUCUGGAUGACGGCUUUCUCUGGCAGAACGUUGCCGAUGCGAAGUCGGUGGAGCGGUUAAAGAGGGCCGCUGCUAGGUUUGGGGGCGAGGGCGCAGUCAUGGGCGAGGGAGGUGAGUUCGAGACGCUGGCCGUGGACGGGCCGUCUUGUGUGUGGAAAGGCCGCAUCGACGUCGACGUCGAUGAAAAGUGUGUGAUAGGAGAAGGUGGAAACGCCUUGGUGAGGUUCAAAGGUGCAAAGGUGGCAGAGAAGACGGCAAGCCACGACGACGGGCUGGAGAACCUGCGGGUCCCAGGCCUUUUUGAUGUCGAGUUCGAGGAGCUUGGUCGAUAUCUGCCACUGAGCGGCCCUGAAAGAGCAUCCGAUAGUACGACUGCAGACCAGAGUUUAGCGCCCUCUAGCCCUACCCAGCAUCUCGAUCUCUACACCUCCCUACACGGCAGCACCCUCAUCAUCUCAAAUAUCACUGCUCCCUCCCAAAACGAAAUUCUCUCGCCAGCUGUCCAACUCACAGCCAUAACGGCCCACCUACUCUCUCUACUGUCCCACCACUCUGCCACCCCGGCCCAUAUCACAUCCACCACCCUCCUACUGCGCUCCAUGUCUCUCUUCACCACCCUCAACCCCAUCUAUGGCGCCCUCUUCACCCGCGCCGCCAAUCCCCCCGCACGUGUCACGGUUGCCUGUGGUUCCGCCCUGCCUCAAGGUGUCGACGUCGCCCUCUCCUGCACCGUCGACCUACCCACCGCCAACAGCCACACUUUCUCUCGCCGUGGCCUCCACGUCCAGAGUCGCAGCUACUGGGCUCCGGCCAACAUUGGCCCCUACUCACAGGCCGUCGCUGUGCCUUCAGGGGCGAAACAGGGCGUGGAGAUGGUCCACCUGGCCGGGCAGAUUCCGCUCGUGCCAGCGAGUAUGGACAUGGUAGUGGUGAGUGACGCACCGUGGUUUGCCGAGCGUGGCGGCGAAGCACCACGGGCUUCGUCAUCAUCGUUCGCCGUACAGACCGUCCUCGCGCUGCAGCACCUUUGGCGCGUAGGCCGCGCGAUGGGUGUCAGGUGGUGGGCGUGCGGGACGGCGUUCGUCUCGGCAUCGGAAGGCAGAGAAGAAGGGGCGAUGAGGGCGCGCGUGGCGAGGGAGGCGUGGACACGCAUUCACGAGCAGCUGAGACCGAAGGACAAGGAUGAGGAGGAUGAGGAUGCAGACGUGGUGGAUGUAUGGGAUUUGAAGUUUGGGAACGCGGGUCGAACAGGGUCCGGCGGCGCUGCGGCGGCCGAGGUGGACGCAAGACGGAAGCUCCCCGAUUUUGAGGCAGUGAGGUGGAGUGGUGAGAUGGAGGAGGGAGACGUUCUGGCGCCGCCUUGCAUUGUGGCGCAGGUGCUGGAGCUGCCGCGCGCGGCAAACGUUGAGUGGACUAGCCCCGGCUUGACAAACUGCGAGGGUGUGGUUCUGGGCCGCUUGGAGGGGGCCAAGACUGGGCUCUUCGUGCAUGAGACGAAGGUUGCGGAGGGGACGCUGAGGUUCUUCUCUGCAAGCGUGGCGAGCACAGACAACAUUGAGGAGUUGGAAGACAUUUUGGAGUCGGCAAAGGUGCCAGUUGAGGGGAGGGUGUACACGGUGUACGCAGCGGAACCGCUGCCUCAGAACUGGCUCAGCCGGGCAGCCCCGCUAGUAGUGCCUUGCGGAAGGGUUUGGGGCCCUGAUGGCAAAGAGGUGGCGGCUGCUGUGACCGUGAGGUACUGUGGUGGCUCCCUCUGA